AUGAGCGACUGGUUGCUGGCUGUUCACUGCGGCGCUGGACGUUACGGCUCCUCUAACGAAGCAGCGUACCUCUCGCUACUUCGAACGACCCUCGAGAGUGCUCACCAACUUAUUGCACGCUCCCCUUCUCCAACGGCGGCGCAAAUCGCGGCAUAUUUGCUGCAGGCUUUUGAGCACAGUACACUCACCAAUGCUGGUCUUGGAGCGAAUUUAACUGAACAGGGGCGCGUGGAGUGCGAAGCCAGCGUCGUGUGCGGGCAGACGCACCUAGUGAGCUGCUGUGGAGCUGUGACGGGAGUGAAGGAGCCGAGUGCGUUGGCGUUGAAGCUCUUGGAACAAGCCAAGAGCGACGACUCGAACGCGACGUUUGCGUUCGGUCGACAACCUCCGCUUGUCGUUGUAGGCGAGCACGCUCGCAAAUUGGCACAUGACUUUGGACUGGAGACAGCGGAUGAUGAAGAGCUAGACAAGUUUCAAGUGACGGAGACGACGCGAGAACAUUGGACCAAGUGGCAUCGCCGCUUUCAAGAGCUUAAGACCAAGGUGGAGGAGAAACAUUUAGACACCGUUGGCGCCAUUUGUAUGGACCCAAGAGGGAAUGUAGCUGCUGCGUUGUCCAGUGGCGGGGUGGCGUACAAAGUUCCAGGUCGCUUGGGACUUGCGGGGUGUCCGAGAAUGGGCUGCGAUGCGUCGAAUGCUGUGAAUACGACGACAAGAAGUCGCAAAAGGAAGCGAAGUGAGCGGAACAAAGUGAAAAAUGCCUUCGCUGUGGCCUGCACGGGUAGAGGAGAGCACUUUCUUCGUAGUAAUUUGGUAGGAACAUUGACUCGGAGGCUGUCAAAGUCUGCGGAUUUGGAGCGAGGAUUUCGAAAAACAUUCGCUGAAGGCAGUGAAGCUAAUGGAGGAGUGGGAGUUGAAGGCGGCGUGCUAGCGCUUGUGUCAGAGCCAGCAAGUGAGAAAGACACAAAUGAAGCGGGUGAGCGGCUGGUUCAGCUGGGUGCAGCGUUCACGACUCCCUGUAUGGGCGUUGGAAUCUUGCAAUGCCGUGCUGAUGCUAAGCCUGAAGUGCAGGUACAGCUCUUGCGCCAACCAGCAUCAGCGAGUGGUGAGCAGGAUCUCUCCAUUCACGUGUCGCUCUUGCGUCUCAAAAGUGAAAAGUGCUGAUAUGCUUACGACCUUGGAACUCUACCGGAACUCUACCAAAACCCAAUCACAAACACAAAUUUAAAAGCGAAAUGUGUUGAAAUAUAUGUCGAAUUUGUGAUA